ACUUCGUAUUGUAUGUGUACUCAAUCGUCUCAAUCUGCCCUUGUAAAAUUUAGCAAUUUCAACGAUAAUACAAACACUUGAUUGUCCAUUUGGUAGUGAGUGUAAUUUACAGCAAUGGCAGGAAUUAAAGGGUUGAUAGCUCUGGCUUUUGCUGGCUCCAUUGGUAUGACCAUGGUCAUACUAGCGUGUGCCUUACCGCAAUACAGACUAUGGUGGCCAUUCUUCGUAGUCCUAUUUUAUGUGAUGUGUCCCAUCCCGACGAUGAUAGCACGCCGACACACAGACAGCACUGCGGGUGGUAAUUCACCCUGCAUGGAGACAGCAGUCUUUCUGACCAUGGGCCUGGUUGUCAGCUCGUUUGGUCUACCUAUUGUCCUUGCACAUGUGGGCACUAUUGCAGCGGGGGCAUGCUACUUGACCCUAGCAGGCAAUGUGAUAGUGUACCUGACCAUUCUCGGAUUCUUCACAAUCUUCGACAUGGAGGACUCAGAUUAUGCAAUGUGGUGAGAAAUCUAGAACAUUGACACGGAGGACAAUGUUAGGGCAAAUGAUAAAUCUAACAUAAGUAAUGGAGCAUUACAUGAAGUUGUCUACCGUUGUCCCGUAAACGCGAAUUUUGUGAAGAUUUGCAGUCAUAGGAGUUUAUUUUCUGCGACAAAGAGUCUAAAAUAAUUAAAGUUAAACACCGAUCAAAAGGUCCAUGAAAUAAAAAGACAGCCCGUGGAAUGCUUCAAAUGUGUUUUUGUCUAUGCUUAUAAGUCUGAGAAAUUAUAAUACUGAUUAUAUUGUUGUUAGUUGAUGUAAUCAGACAAUUUUUAAUUUGAAAGUGUCAUUUUAUACAGUUUGUAUCUCAAUGUUACAUUUAUAUGCUUAAUCAGGAGACAUUGCAAACAUAAGUUGAAGCAAGAGGAAUUUAGAUGAUUGGCUAUUGGCCAGUUCCACUAUAGGCGCCAAAUUCAGAUUUAACAACUUGUUAUGGUUUUGAUCUUAUUUUGAUGCGACCUGAACAUAGCUGAAACUGAUUGGUGCAUACGAAAUAAAGUCAAAUUCAUGCAUAAAAUGCACGCCAAUCAACAAGACGAUCGUCAAGAUUGUAUCAAAGUGUAACAAAUUCUUAACCUUUUUGACGCCGUGUCAAACACAAAAGCUGUCAGUCAGACGUCACGGUACGGAAGUGUCAAAACUAAAAUUGAACUUUAUGCACAUGCACGUAGGUGUCUCUGUCUAUGUUGCUUCUCAUCCACUAUCAGACAUCAUCAUCAUUCAUCAUCUGGGGCAGAUUAAUCCGUCUUCAGCGUUGGACUUGCGGUUCGCAUGUAUCCGUCGUUGGCGUCGAAAAGAUUAAAUCUGGAUCGGCUCGUGGUCAAAUAUUUUGAAUUCACUAUGUUUUUGCUAGAAUGAAGUCAUAUAAGUGAUGAAUGAUGAAUUUUGACAAGUCCUUGUUUGACUUAUGUUUGUUACAACAUGUGGUGGCCUGAAUAACGAGAGUUAAACCUAUAAAUAAUUUGAGUUACGCGCCACAACAAACUAUUUGCAUUGCAAUACUCUUAGUUGAAUAUAUAAAAACUAAAACAAUAAUACAAGUCACAAAAUUAGGGAUAAAAACAUAGGAGAUGAGAUAUUAUAGCGAUUGUUGGGAGUGUUGGGUGUCGGAGGUGUCGGAACUAUUAUUGCAACAAACAAAAGUGUCGCUUAACUUCAAACUCUGGUAAAUCUAUUCGACCCUCUCAACAAAUAUCUACUCUAUUACCUUUUCUCCACCUUUUCUCAAUACCAAAAUCGCAUUACCUGACAUGAAUUUAUAUACCCGAGUUUGAAGUUAAGCGACUCAAAUAUUGUCCAAUCUGUUCUAACUUAAGGCGUGUCCAGGUGGGGACAAUUUUUCGCCAAUCUGAUUAAAUUGUCUGAUCAAACCAGACCGUGCGGACGCAAACGCCAAUUUGGCUCGCCGAAUUCAACGGCCGAUUAUGUCCGAUAUUACCGAUAAAACGGGGUGCGGACUGAUGACGCAAUGAUACAAAUUUGUGACGCUAGUAUUAUAUGUACUAUUUAUACUAGAUAAAUGCCCCCAAACGCGUAUAAUACACGUUUUGGGGCAUUUUUUUUAAUUUAGAGCUCUCAAAUAUUACCAUAAAUUUAAAAUUGGUGAAAAAGCACCACCUAAUUCGAUCGGACAAUGUAAUCAGAUUGGCGAAAAAUUGUUUUCGACUGGACAGGACUUUAAAGUGGAAAAGAUCUUAUAAAUAGAGAUAAUUUCUCUUUAAGAGCCCUUCAACGUGCACACUAGCGCCACUGCUAAAUAAUCGUGAUUAUUUAAAUUUAACGACAGGUAUUUAGAAAUGGGGGCCGCUACGGACUGUAUUGUGUAUUGGCUGCUAUUUAACUGAUCACCAGAUUUAAUAAAAUUUAAUACCAAAAAAAUCUACUUUACCACCCUAAAAUAAUGAAUGAUCACCAAAAUUAUAACACCAUUUUAAUGUGAAAUGAUUACCAAUUUUAUUACAUUUUACUAUCCUAUUAAAGGAAAUGACACCAAAUUAAUCAUUAUUAACCCAAAAAUUGUAAAUAAUUACCAAAUUUCAAACCCCAAUUUAAUGUCAAUUGAUAACCAAAUUAUUACAUCGUGCUAUCCUAUUAAAUAAAAUGACACCAAAAUAAUCAUUGUAAACCCAAAAAUAGUAAAUGACCACCAAAAUUAGAACUCCAUUUUAAUGUAAAAUUAUAACCAAAUUUUUAAAUCUUGCUAACUAUCCUAUUAAAGCAAAGCAAAAUUUUCUAGUAGCAUUUCGUUUCUGUGUGGGUUGCAGUUCAAACCUAACCUAACCCACUUUUCUAGUAACAUUUCGUUUCUGUAAGGUUCGCAGUUCAAACCUAACCUAACCCACUUUUCUAUUAGCAUUUCUUAUCUGGAAGGGUCGCAGUUCAAACCUAACCUAACCCACUUUUCUAGUAGAAUUUCGUUUCUGUGUGGGUCGGAGUUCAAACCUAACCUAACCCACUUUUCUAGUAGCAUUUCGUUUCUGUAAGGGUCACAGUUCAAACCUAACCUAACCCACUUUUCUAGUAGCAUUUCGUUUCUGUAAGGGUCGCAGUUCAAACCUAACCUAACCCACUUUUCUAGUAGCAUUUCUUUUCUGUAAGGGUCGCAGUUCAAACCUAACCUAACCCACUUUUCUAGUAGCAAUUCGUUUCUGUAAGGGUCGCAGUGUUAACCUAGCCCACUUAACUGAUAGCAGUACAAACCUAACCUAACAUACUUUUCUUUUCUAGUAGCAUUUCAGUAUGCCUACCUAAGUUAUGCGGUGCGGGGUACGGGGGUUGAGCGGGAGGGGCUAGUAAUUUUGGCAUCAUUUUACUUUAUUUGGUAAUAUGUAUAAAUUUUUUGGUAUCAUAGUGGUUUAUUUAGGUGAAAAUAUCGCAUUUAUUUUGUCUUCAAGAUUUGGUGAUCAUUAAUGAUUUUUGGUAAUCAUUCAACAUAUUUGGUAUUCGAAUACAAUUUGAAGUGCAGUCGUAAUUAAAAUGGUGGUACAUUUGUAAUUUUAGGCCUUAUUUUUUUGGUGUUCAGUAAUUUUUUUUGGCAAGCAUGAUUUUUUUAUUUAGGGUACCAAAGUAUUUUUUGGUGGUCAUUAUAUUUGUAGCCUUGUGUAUUUAAGUACCUUUAGAACACGUCAAACUAGUUUUUAUGUUGCUGGAUUCGUCGAUCUAGGAACUCAAAACAAAAACGGCCGUUUUUACUUUGGACGCAUAGAUUGACAAAUCCAGCAACAUAAAAACUAGUUUGAUGUAUUAAAAAGGUACUUAAAUACACAAUACAGUCCGUAGCGGCCCCCUUUUUUAAAUAUCUUUCGUGAAAUUUAAAUAAUCACAAUUAUUUAGCAGUGGCGCUAGUGUGCACGUUGAAGGGCUCUUAAAAUGUGUAUUUUUAAAGACUCAUGUAAAAGUUAAGCAUUUUACCUGGUAAAUGAAUAAAAGUAUUAUUUUGACAUUGAUCGUGCUGAACAUUGAACGCUCCUGGAUGACAAAAAAGAUGCUCGAAAUAAUGUAACUAACAUGAAAGCCACGCCUAUCGGGUGCGGCGCGUAAUCAUGAACCUUGAAGGAAUGCACGAAGGUUGAUAUUGGUCUGUAGCCGCGCACGUCAGUUGACGUCUUUGGCAGUCAAAAUGUUCAAAUAGCAAUGAUAUUGCCACAACUGAAUUUAAAAGGUUCGUCUUUCGUUAUUCAGACUCACUCUCUGAAAGAGUAUAAUCAAUCUCAGUUUGAUUAUUAUAGGUUAAGGAAUUUUAGUGUAAGUAUACAGGAUGUUUUAUUUAUAUUAUUUUGUUAUUUCUGUUGAAAUUUCUCACACAACGUGUCCACCAAAGUUCUAUCUGGUUUAUUGAUGUAUUUAUACGAACAGAUUUUAUUUUUUUAUUGUAAAUUAUCAGAUAGACACGCCUUAAAUAAAGUAAUACCGUUAUAUGGAAGUUUAGAAACGAAAGUCUGCAAGUAAUUAGGUAUAAUCUGGCUAUAAAAAAUUAAAGUGUUGUGGAUACUUAGGCCCACUUGCACCAUUCCACUAACCCGGGGUUAACCGGUUAAACUUGGCGUUACCAUGGUUACCAGUACAAUUUGACAUUAGGUUAACGGUUUAACUGAUUAAUCCCGGGUUAGCGGAAUGGUGCAAGUGGGCUUUAUAUGUAUAUUUUAAAAGCACUAACAAACGGUCGGACAAGACCGUGACCUUGGUACGGUUUGAGACCUGUUCGAUCGAGUGGAAUGUGGUUCGCCGUACGUUCGUUAAGGACGCAGCUAUGAGUGAAAACGAGAAAGAGAUACGCUGACCGGAUCAAGAUUGUCUGGUACGCCCGUUCCACUGUACUAUAAUUUGUAAGGGCUCGUUUACACAACUUAUUAUAAACACGCCCUUAUUUCCAAAAGCCAUUAAAAAAAACUCCUGUUGAAUUUGUUUUGUUUUAAAAUAGAAAGAAGCAAAAUAAAAGCAACCCUGUUUCUCAUUAAGAUUUAUAUUUCAUUGGAGGUAAUGUACUAGCUAGUAUUUGGUCACUGAACCCCAAGAGGUUAGGCCUCCUCAGGCCUCCUAAGCGCCUUUUGAACGCUCGUUAAAAAAGCACUUAAAUCCGUUCGCACGCUAAAUUAGAUUUAACGACCAACGCUUAAAGUUGAAAAUCCAACAACGCCUAAUAAAAAGCGCCACCACCAUCGUGUGAAUAAGUACUCAUGUAUCCAUUUGUGUCAUUCAAACGCUUUUUUAACGCGCGUUGUAAAAGCGCUCAUGUUUAUGAGGCCUUAUAGGUCUUACAUUAUUUUGAUAAUAAUCACUAUCUACUAACGAAGACUUAAUGCAUUCUAAGCUGGCCACUCUCAUAAAACAAUACUUACUAAUGUAUACUAUUUGUUAGAUCUAACAACAUAAUGGAAUAAUUUGUUAAUAAGGUAGAAGGUUUAUUUUGAAUAUUUUUAUUGGCAUAGAAUUUAAUCGAAACUGACGUUAAAAUGUUAUUUCGGUACCCCUAUUGAUACUUUUAUCUUUACAUUCCUGUAAUGUAAAUUUUGUAAAUAUAGUAUUAGUAUCAGGUCACAUUAAAUAAUUAUUACCUGCUUUAACAUAACAAA